CUCACAGUCUACCUGGGAAAGAGAGACUUUGUGGACCAUGUGGACCUUGUAGAGCCUGUUGACGGUGUUGUUUUGAUCGACCCAGAAUACCUGAAAGAGAGGAAAGUGUUUGUCACUCUGACCUGUGCAUUCCGAUAUGGUCGGGAGGAUUUGGACGUCCUUGGAUUAACGUUUAGGAAGGACCUGUUUGUGGCGAAUAUCCAGGCAUUUCCUCCAGUACCUGAGGAGAAGAAGAGUCUGACUCGUCUUCAAGAACGCCUGAUUAAAAAACUGGGAGAACACGCCUACCCGUUCACCUUUGAGAUCCCUCUGAACCUGCCAUGCUCCGUCACCCUGCAGCCGGGACCUGAGGACACAGGGAAGGCCUGCGGAGUGGACUUUGAGGUGAAAGCUUUCUGUGCAGAGAAUAUUGAGGAGAAGAUCCACAAAAGGAAUUCAGUGCGUCUGGUGAUCAGGAAGGUGCAGUAUGCUCCAGAGAAACCAGGGCCUCAGCCAACAGCCGAGACCACCAGACAGUUCCUGAUGUCGGAUAAACCUCUGCACCUGGAAGCCUCACUGGAUAAGGAGAUUUAUUACCAUGGGGAGCCCAUCAGUGUCAAUGUUCAUGUCACCAACAACACCAAUAAGACAGUGAAGAAGAUGAAAAUCGCAGUGCGGCAGUUUGCAGACAUCUGCUUGUUCAACACGGCACAGUACAAAUGUCCAGUAGCCGUCGAAGAGUCUGAUGAUGUUGUGGCUCCCAGCUCAACUUUCUGCAAGGUGUUUACUCUCACUCCGUUCCUGGCCAACAAUCGGGAAAAACGUGGUCUUGCUCUGGAUGGAAAGCUGAAGCAUGAAGACACCAAUCUGGCCUCCAGCACUCUCCUGAGAGAAGGAGCCAACAAGGAGAUUCUUGGCAUCAUCGUGUCCUACAAAGUCAAAGUGAAGCUUGUUGUGUCGCGAGGCGGGCUUCUUGGAGAUCUGGCUUCCAGUGACGUCUUUGUUGAGCUGCCCUUCACAUUGAUGCACCCAAAACCAUUGGAGGAGUCCUUCUACAGAGACGCUCCAGAUGAAGCCCCAAUCGACACUAACCUGAUUGAAUUUGACACACAUGAUGAUGACAUCAUAUUCGAGGACUUCGCUCGCCAGCGGCUGAUCGGCGCAAAAGAUGAGAAGGAAGAGGAAGAGGAGCCUGUGGACUCACCCAAACCUGACGACAGAUAAAGGCGAUGGGUGCCAUCGCCCUUGCUGUUGUUGUUUUGCUGCUCUUUGUAGUGUGAUGAUGGCAGAGGUUAAAUGUAGACCGAGCCACAGUCUGGACACCCUCCAAACACUCGGUGGUGGCGUGUUUGUGUGUUUGUUCAUGUCAGUCCUCCCUCUGCGUCCCGCGGGGUGUAGAAUACCACAGCCUUGUGUUGUCAGGCCAAACCUCGACAAGAACUCUGAGCCGGCACUGUGGUGACCGCUGGAAGCAUGCCUCUCUUUGUUCUUUGUAUUUCCAUUAGAGACCAAAUAGGAGUACAGUUAUUUUGAGAUUAGCUUCAGUAUUUUGUGCGCAAGGGUCUUUAUAAACAAAAAAACACUGCCAACUUCAGAUGAUUUGCAAAGCUCCACCACCAGAUUAACAUCUGCAAUUUAGAUGGUUACUUAUGUUUGCAAAUACCAGUGGCUAGGGAGAAGACAGGCAAACAAUUGCAUGAAAUAUAUACGUUUUUUGUAGUUUAUUGAAGUUACAAAUAGUAAAUGAAUCUUUUUUGUUACAUGUCGGUAAUUUUUUAAAUCAUCAUCGUUAUUGUUAAAAAUACUUUCCAAGGUCAUAAAAGCAGCAGAUAGUAUCUGUCACCAGACAUGGAAAUACUGCUACAGUGCUUUGGUUAAAGAGGGGGCUGCAAGACCCACUUUAACAUGGAUGUUGUAUCUAAACACUGUGAGCCUUAUUCAAAGAUGAUUAUAAUUCUAAUAACUGACCCACACUGACACCACAGAGGUCUAGGGAGUACAUUUUUAAUUUAUGGCAUUCCUGAUAAGCCCAAAUAUAGUUCUGACUUAAAGGAAAAGCCUUAAAGGCAAGAGCAAAGAAAAGUGGCCUUAGCUAAUUGCAGUCAUUAUAAAUGGUUCAACCAGUGUACAGAUUAAUCAGCCAUUACAAUAUGACCACCCUAAUUGAUUUGAUACCUCACCUACAGAUGCUUGAUUGGAUUGCAAUCUGAAGACUUUAAGGCCAGAACAACAACAUCCCAAAACUCUAACUG